CUUUCUCUCUCUACUCUCUUGCUGACGCUGUAACAAAAUUGCACUUACUCUCUCUCACACAUAUUCACACACACACACACACACACACACACUCUCUGAACAAGUACUUUCGCAUUUCUUACCCACAGAAUUUGGAACUACUAUUUUUCAACCACUGUUCAUUACUGUACUGAAUGUCUUAGACUUUCUUCGGCGAUUUUACUCUCCAUAUUUCUCCAGUUUCCUAGCAGGUUCUCUUGUAUCACUUGAAAGGGAGAAGGCCACAAGUGGACAUACUGGCGGAGUCAUUAUGUACAGGCACUCACCUAUUAGGAACUCGAGAUCUAAGGGAGUCAAAGUUAAGCAUGUUCUGCAAAUUUGUUUGUUGCUUGCUGUUUUUAUUUGGUCAUUAUAUCAAGUCAAACAUUCCCAUGAUAAGAAGAAAGAAUUUGAUCAAAGCGAUAAAACCUCACUUAGCAGAGGGGUUAGCAAUGAAAUUUUAAAACUUGGAAGGAAAGAUAUCCACGAGAAAGAGGAAACAGUUGCAAAGACUGAAAAGCAUGAAGCAGAGGAAACCACCGGUGAAGAAGACGAAGAAAUAGAAGAGGAAAGAGAAGACAAGAAAACAGAAGAAGAAGAAGUAGAAGAAGAAGAGGAUGAAGGGAUGGGAGGUGGAGAUGACCAGAUAGGUGAGAGUGAAGAAGAGAAAUCUGAAGCUGAAGUCGAUCGAGGAGAGGAUUUUAUAGAUGAGGAGAGAGAUGAGGGUGAUGAGAAUGAAAGUGAAGAGGGAGAUUCUGAAGACAAUAAUGGUCAAGUGGAGAAGGGAAUUUCUUUAGAGGAUAGUGAUAAUGACAGAGAUUAUAGGAGUACACACGAGGCACGCGAGGAAAAUUAUAGGGCUGAUGAUGCUUCUAGUGCAGUGACAGAUGACAGCGAAGUACUUACUGAUGAAAAUGAGAAUGGAAGCUUGGGGAACUUAAAUGUGCGCACUGAAUCAAAUAUUAUUGAUUUAGAGAAAAAGGAGAAUAAUACUGAAGAGAUCAAUUUGGGAGAAGACAGAACAGAGGUAGAGGCGGAAAGUAAUGAAAUGGCCAAAAGAGAGAAGCAGUCAAAGGUAAUUUCCAAUAAAACAAAGAAGAAUGUAAUGGACAAUUCUGAGAGUGGAUUAUUUUCAAAUGCUACAGUGAUGGAAGGAUCCAAUGACCAUAUCGAAACAAUCAACAACUCAACAAGUACUGAUGGUCAUGAUCAGUCCUUGCUGAAUGGAACAGAAAGCGUGUUAGGGAUAAAUCUGGGUUUGGUUGAUGAUGGGAAUCAUAGUCAUUAUUCAACAACUGGAACCGAGGACGCAAAGUCAAAUCUAAAUGAUUUUCCUAAUUCGUCUAGUAAAUCAGACUCUUCUGCAUCAGAAAAUAUCCUGAACUCUGACGUAUCUGUGGAAGCAGGGAAUACCACUGGGUCUUUAACAGUAAAGAUUGAUGCAACUGAGGCUAAGAAGUCCAAAACCAGUGAAGAAUCAGGUGGAACAGAUGAUGUUUUUGACUUGAGAAACGAAAAUUACAAGAAUAUCCCUCAUGACCCCAUCGAUUCAUCUGAUUUGUCCAUUCCCAUGGAGGAGAAAGUUAUCCGCAUUCAUCUUGAUACUAUCCCUGAUAUACAAACUGAAGGAACCAAAACCGAAGGGGCUACAGCAGAAUGAAGAUACAGAGUAGUAUUACUCGGCUAAAGUCGAAUUCGUUUGUUUGUGUGGAAGUUUUCAUGCUAUCUUUGUUUUAGCGCACAAGUCAGGCUCUCAGAAUGUGCAUAUUGAUCACGUAGAAUUUCACCUUCAUGGUCAAAACAUUGGCACGUUAACGUUAAAAUGUGUAUAUCAAUAUCCAGUUCAUUCCUGCUUGCUCA